CUUCAAAACAAAUCGACUCUGUUUGCGAUGCACCACGUAUAGAAAAGUAUCAGAAACGUGUCCUGUUUUCAUAAAUCGUCCAAAUAUGGAACAUAAUAUAUGAUCAGAUAAUCAUUUAUACUUGUGUUCAGAGAAAAAAAAAAUUAUUAUGGCUGAAAACAGGGAAUUGAUGGAGGUUAAUCCGACCCGAAAGACGAAGAUUUGGGCAGCAAUAGCUGGAAUUGCAAUUGAAGCCCCAAUUUUGGGGUUCAUGUGUUUUAGUUUUCUCACUUCAAUUAUACUUUUGGUAGUAACUUCUCCGUUGCUAGUUAUAUUUAGUCCUCUCUUAAUUGGUGCUGCUGCGGUGCUGGGAGUUGCUAUGGCGGGAUUUGGGGUGGCCGGAGUUACGGCGGGUUUAGGAUUGUCUUCGUUUGUUUUGGUGUAUAGGUCGGUAAUUAAAGGUAGAAUUACCAGCGGAGAGUAUGGCGGCGGUGGUGCUGAUGAAGCGCCGGUUGUUGUGGAUAAAAUGAUUGAACCGGAGGAGGAGCGUGACAGAGAAGUAGCCGGUACUGGAGAUAAAACAGAUGUGCAGGCGCAAGAGGGCAACCCUAGUUCAGAGGCAGUUCAUGUAGAUAAAAUAGUUGAGUUAUUUGAGUCUUUAAAGGAACAUCCACAUGAUCAAAAUGAAACAGCUACUAUUGUCCACAUAGUUACUGUAGAGGUUGAUGAUGAUGAUGAUGAUCAACACAAAAUCAGUUCUGGUGACUAUUUGCAGCAAAAUGUACCAAGACAGAUCCCACUAGAGACUUGAAUCAAUCAAGAAAAUCUAUAUAUGUAGGUUCAGAAGUGGCUAGUUUAUGCUUUUUACUGAGUUGCAGGUUAUGAUUUGUCUUCAUUUCUUAGUUUUUGUGGCACUGUGUGUAUAGACUUUUUGUCAUUUUACUUCUUCUCUACAGUAUGAACAUAUUUGUUGCUGUUUUUAAAACAUGUUUUUAGUGCAAAGGAACUUUAUACUUUAA